UUUUUCUGAAAAUGUUUUUUGGCAUAAUGCCAGCCAGUAUUUUCAUAGAUGAGAAAAAAAUAAUACGCUGAUCCCUUUCCGAUGAUGUUCCCUAAAUUAGAAUUCACAAAUCAUCUUCCAUAAAAUUCAAAUUUCCGCGCAAAAAUAUUUUUUUAUUUUAAUUUUGGCGUUCUGUAUUUCCCAAAAUUUUUAAAAAUUUUCUCAGAAAUUUUCUUGUGAUUUUUGAAUUUUUCUGUCUGUUAAAGUUGUUAACUAAAUUUUUUAAUUUUAUAGAAAAUUCAAAUGGAUUUAUUACAAAACUACAAAGGAGAUUCAUCUUCAGAUGAUGAGACGUCCUCAAUUCAAAUGGAAGAAAUAAAUUCUGAACCUAGAGGAAUUAUAAUGCCUCUAGUUAAUAUAGCACCUCAUGUAGUUGUUUCAAGUCCUGUACAACAAGCGGCUGUAAUUGACCCAAAAACUAAAGAAUUGUAUUACAAUCCAAAAUAUGAGGAGCUUUUUAUGCCUGAUGUUGGCCCUUCAAAUCCUUUCAAAAGCGAGCAUCAAAAGGCUCCAAAAAACACCUUAACAGGAUUUGUAGAACCAGCCCACUUUAGUGGAUUCCACUUUGACCGAGCCAUUCGUUCUUAUGACACUUUAGGCUAUGCAGAAAAUCCCUCCGCUGAUGCUGGAGGAAGUUCUUCAUUUGUUGGAGAUGUUGAAAGUGCUCAUUUAACUGGGGGCCGUUCACUUUUUGAAUCGGCCAAAACUGGAGGACAAAAACGCAAAAGAAUUGUGAAUUACGAUGCUUCUGAUAUUGAUGGAUAUACAGGGCCGUGGGCUAGAUUUGAAGAUCAAAAAAUUGUUGCGAAACCAGAUCCUGAAUUGCAAAAGGAAAUGGACGAGUAUAUCAGGUUUUUUUUGUUAUUUUUUUGGGUUAUUUGGAGAAUGGGAAUUGCUUUUUGUGUCUAUUUAACUUUGAAUAUUGUGUCUAACUUCCAAGGAGGUUUAAAAAAAUUUAUAUUGUAA